UUAUUAUGACAUUGGCAUCAUGUACUUUAUACUACAAUGUUUUUUUUUUUUAUAUAUAGUUUGUGUUGUCUUAAUUUCUGCCCUCCUUUAGCGAUCAAAAUGGCGUGAAAUUGGAUUUUACGCUCUUUUUACCUUUUAACUACCUCAUAAAACCACCUUUGUUUAUCUAUGCGUGUACGUGUGCGUGCCCACGGCAACUUUCCAUUGUGCCCCCAGCAGAGCGUCCAUUAAGGCGCAGACCCUCUCCCUAGUUGCCGGGCGCUAAAGUAAACAAAAGAUUAUUUGACCAACACAAAUAUUUACACCCACUUUCGCUGAGGCGUGCGUAUAUAUACAGUCAGCAUUUUUGCCCAGCGCAGCGCAGCUCACUCACGAUGAUGGCGACGGGCGUCAUGCGCAACUUGCACCUCCGGGUGCCGUCCCCAGUCUAUUUCCCUCUGGAGGAGGAAGAAGAGGAGGAGAGGUGGUCCACAGAUGAAGAUGAAGACGAGACGCUUUCGGAGCCCCGGGUCUUGUCAGACCCGCAGGACGCGACCGAGCGUCUGCUGAGGUUCGCCGAGGUCAUCAGCCGCGACGUCCGCCGCUAUUUCGGCCGGGAUGUCUACGACGAGGGCGCCGCUUCCGACGACAUCAACGGGGGGGGUCCCCGUUACGACGAGCCGCUGAGGCCGCUCGUAUCGGCACGCGAGGAGCACCCCUCCUCGGAGCACCCCUCCUCGGAGCUGGGCCCCCUUGCUGAGCUGUUUGAGUCCCGGGGCAAAGGCCAGGGCCGCCCCAUGAACGCAAGGCACCUGCCGCUCAGUUUCUGGAAUGAGCCGGACCCUCCGGAGCUUCACGAUGGGGACACCCACAUGAAUUUCAGCCUGCACACCCUGGAAAACUCCCAACCGGACUUUAGUGACCUGCUUGCCAAUUGGGACCCCAACCCGGACGACACGGAUGUGCUGCAUUGACCAAAUCUUUUUUGGAUUGUGCCCUUUUAUUAUCACUGUCUGUAAAGAGUCCUAAAAGUGCAAAAAAAGAAUAAAUUUUACAUUUAAAUUUGA